AUGACCGAGAAACAACCCGAGUUCAUUCAGGCGAAAGAGGUCAACUCGCGUGCUUCCAAUGAGAAAGCGGGUGGAGUCUACGUUGAAGCUUAUGAAGAAACCCCUUCUACUUCAAAGCCUCAAUUGAAAGGAUGGGCCAAAUUCAAGGAUGAUUUCAAAAGAGCCGAUACUGACGAAAUGGGUCUCGAUCCAAACUUGUCGGAAGCGGAAAAGGUUGCCAUUUUGACUGCAAAUUCACCCUUGUCUCGUUCCUUGAAACCGAGACACCUUACCAUGAUUGCCAUAGGUGGGUCGAUUGUAUGUAGUCUGCUUAAACUGCAACUUUCUAUCCUACAUGAUAGAACUAAGCUGAGCUGAACUGAACUGAAAUACUAACUUGAAUAAUUUUUCUAGGGUACCGGUUUAUUCGUCGGAUCAGGUGGGUCCUUGCACACAGGUGGACCAGCAGGUUUACUUCUUGCUUACAUUUUGAUUGGUACCAUGAUUUACUGUACCGUCCACUCGUUGGGUGAACUCGCAGUUGCCUUCCCCAUUUCAGGGGCAUUUAUUACGUACAACACCAGAUUCAUUGACCCAUCAUGGGGUUUCGCCAUGGCGUGGAACUAUGCCAUGUCGUGGCUUGUCAUUUUGCCGUUGGAGUUGGUUGCCGCGGCAGUGACAAUCAAGUAUUGGGACGAGUCUACAAACUCGGCUGCUUUUGUUGUGAUUUUUUACGCUUUGAUUAUAUUUAUCAACUUGUUUGGUGUCAAGGGCUAUGGUGAAUCUGAAUUUGUCUUUAGUAUAACCAAAAUUACUGCCGUUAUUGGUUUCAUGAUUUUGGGUAUAAUUUUGGCUGCUGGCGGUACCGGAAAAGGUUACAUUGGAGGCAAGUACUGGCACCACCCCGGUGCUUUUGCUAACGGUUUCAAAGGUGUCGUUACUGUUUUUGUGGGUGCUGCAUUUGCAUUCGGUGGUACUGAAUUAGUCGGUUUAGCAGCUGCCGAGUCCACAAAUCCACGAAAAUCCUUGCCUUCCGCUUGUCGUCAAGUUUUCUGGAGAAUCACCUUGUUCUACGUCAUUUCAUUGACGCUUAUCGGGUUGUUGGUUCCUUACGAUGAACCAAGAUUGUUUAGCGCCAAAAACAUGGCCAGUGCCUCGCCUUUUGUUAUUGCAAUCCAGAAUGGUGGAAUUAAAGGUUUGCCAUCUGUGAUGAAUGUGGUUAUCAUGAUUGCGGUUAUCUCAGUGGGUAACUCCUCCGUGUUUGGUUCCUCAAGAACCUUGGCUGCUUUAGCCGCAUCAAACCAAGCCCCCAAGAUCUUUGGAUAUAUUGAUAAGCAAGGUCGUCCAUUGGUGGGAAUCAUCUUCCAUCUCGCUAUUGGCGCAUUGUGUUUCCUCGCGGCAAGUUCAAAGAGAAAUUUAGUUUUCAACUGGUUAUUGGCCCUCUCGGGUUUAUCAUCCAUUUUCACCUGGGGUUCAAUCAACUUGUGUCUCAUCAGAUUCAGAAGAGCAUUGAAAGUGCAAGGCAGAGACACUUCCGAAUUGGCAUUCAAGGCACAACCAGGAUUGAUUGGUGCGUACUGGGGAUUGAUUUUGAAUGUAGUCAUUUUGGGACUACAGGUCUGGAUUGCUAUUUUCCCAUUAAAAGACAAGCCGAGCGCCGAAAACUUUUUUAUGAACUUGUUGACUGUUCCCGUUGUCCUUGUGUUCUACAUUGGUCACAAGAUCUACUCCAAGAAUUGGAAAUUGUUUUACAGAGCCAAUGAAAUUGACAUUGACACUGGUAGAGCCGACUUGGACUUGGACUUGUUGAAACAGGAACUCGCCGAGGAGAGAGAAUACAUGGCUGCUCAGCCAUUCUACAAAAGAUGGUGGAGUGUUUGGUGUUGA